GGUUGACGAUGAAGGGCAUUCUCCUACUGAGAUCGCGGACGAGGAAGACAUGGAAGAGGUGCAACCUCCAGGCGGUGUUUUGGUGACCAAGGAGGAGAUCGCGAAGGAUGCCCUACGUGGAACGCGGAAAAAGAAACGCGAAAGGUCUGGCCCGGAGAUCAAGCAAGAGGAAGAGGAGGAAAGUCCCAACAAGCGAGCACUGGCUUCGGGUGACGCGCCCCUAUCUGGUCGUGAACUACGAGAACUACUUCAGAUGCACAUGUUCGAGAUGAGAGCGGCAUGGGGUGAAGAACGAGCCAGAGUGGAUCGACUUGAGCACAAACAAGGGACGAUGGAGAAUGAGGUGAGUGAAAUGAAGGGUCGCACAGCUGCUAUGGAAAUCAAGGUACAAGAACACUCCACCACACAAGGGCGACAUGAGCGGAAGUUGGACGAGAUUGCCGAGGUCUACGCUGAUGCGGUACAGCAGUUCUUCAAGGGGAUCAAGAAAAAGUGGAAACAAUACCCCAUUGUGGUGGGGGCCGAUGUCAAUGAGCAACCUGGGUGGCAUGAAGUGGAGGAUGGACGAUUUGAGGUGAUCAAUGCCAAUGUUAACCUCAGCUCGUUUCUGGAAGAAGCUAUGCGUGCUGGUAUUUGGCCCAACUCUCCCUCCUCCCAUCUUCUCCGAUGCCCGACGCACUACCCGAGGGACACCACUCGGGAAGGGCGACAGAUCGACAUGAUCCUCGGGAAGAGCGUUUCUAUUGGCAAUACACACAUUCGCCCUGAGCUUAGACACUGCAUCGGCACGGACCACGCGGAGCUCAAUGCGGACAUUUUCUCCUCGAUUUCUCGACGCCAAGCAUGGGGGCAAGACACUCGACCGAGGCGCCUCACAGCUAUCCUUCCGGACACUGACACCAUUGUGGACAGCACCGACCUCAAGGCACUCGCGAAGGAAUGCACAGCCCCGAGAGCGUCCCCAUGCUAUGUGGACUCUCUCGAGCUCAAGGAGCUGAUCAACCGGGCGAGAGAGUUCAAUGACAAGGAGGACUGGAAACGCAUCCACAAACUUCGGAAAAAGGCAAUCCGGCAAUGGCAAAAAGACAGGGCCGAGAAGGUUGUCCAAGGUGAUUGGUCCGCUUUCCGCUCCUACAAACGAGACAGAGUGCGCCGUAAGGGAUGGUGGGGUCGGAUGCUUCAGGAUAAAUCUGCGGCUGAGCUGACCAAGGUUCGUCGACCUGAGCGCUGGCAUCCCUACACGAAGGAGGAGAUCUUCGAAACCCCUUCUCAUAUGAAGACGUACACUGCCGUGGGGCUCGACCUUGUCUGUGUGGACCUUAUCAAGGCUAUCAUCCUCCAUGACGUUCUUGGAUCACAACUCGUCGACUUGAUCAACCACAUCAUCUACCACAACGAGCAACCAGAGGAGUGGUCGGUCAGACGCCAAGUUGCUGACCUCAUUGGUGCCAUGACUAGAAUGAGGGACAUUGCACACGAAUGGAGGGAACCUCUGCUCUUCGCGAAGCUGGACGUAGCUGGCGCAUUCGACCGCCUCUCGAGGGAUGAAGUUGCGGAAAUGAUCGUCAGCAGAACCAAGAACACUGCCCUCGGCGUAGAAGCACAGUUUCUGUUACGCCAGCUGGACAUCAAUGUUCUACGGGGAAUGGUUCCAGGGGGACAUGAGAUCACUGUUGAGGCCAACGUGGGCAUACGCCAAGGCUCCCCUGACUCGGCGGAACUCUUCGGGCUGGUGAUGGGCAUGCUGCUGGAUGAUAUGCUGGAAAGAGACCCAUGGAAGAAUGUGGGACUCGCGUUCAAGGACCUCCCUGUGGACUUGUUCUUCUUCCAGGACGACGUGUUUGUGUUUGAUACCACGGCAGCCCGGCUCGCGAGGAAGAUAGAGAUCAUUGGUGGUGCGCUUGGCAAAGGAGGCCUCAAGCUAGCGAUGAACAAGACAAAAGUCAUUGCCUCCCCUGACUACAAAGGGAAAAUGACACUCAGGGUCGAGAAACAGGACGUCACCAUCCACAAGGACUCCGCUAUCCGUGUCUUGGGUGUUUCCUUUGAUCUUGGAGAGACACCUGCACAACAAGCUGAAGAAUUGCUAGGUUCGUGGUCUCAGAAAGCCUUCAUCAUCUCCAUGCUGAUCACGGCGACAUGGAGAUGGUCGGCAGGAUGUGUACACUGGAGUAAGGAGAGCCUAGCGAAAGCCAAUAGCCUCCAGGCUCAGAUUUUCAGAUCGCUGCAGUGGCCGGCAAUGACUGGCCCAGUCUGGCUCAGGAUGUUCGUUGUUCCGUUGGUGCGUGUGAUGCCUGACAAGCGGAUUGCCCUGGCUGAGACCUCUUCUUCUUCCUCUUCCUUCUCUGUGUCGGCCACGGUGACCCGGACUCAAUAUGCCAAAGCUCCCAUGGAUGAACCUCGCCUACGUGAUGGAACCCUCCAAAUUUUGACAUCGGGUGACGUUGAGUUCAACUGCGGCAUCAAGACGGACAUCGAUGUGCCAUGGACUACCUCGACUUCGUCGACCUCCAGCACCACGAGCACACCAGGGGAGAUUUUUCUCCACCAUGAUGAGAGCACCCAGACGUUCGCCAACUACACGACGACAAGCUCCACCUCGCCCACGGCCGCCUCCUACUAUGCCCCUGCACACGAAGCUCACCUGUGGGAAACCAAUUGGAAUGGAGAAUCGGAGCCAUGGCCAACUUGGGAUGAGAGUGAGGAUGGCAACGGGGACACCCUGCUACAGCCUGUCACAGAGAACCCUGAGCAGUCAGCCGGGAACUCGACUCUGGAGGGCGCAUGCACACCACAAGAUCCGGGCGAGGGUGACAAUGACAACCUGGAACAGCUCCCCGCGUUCAUGUAUGAUGACGACUAUGUGAUGAACUAUGUCCGGGCCAUCGAAGAAAAACAUGCUCGCCUACUGCAGGCAAAGGUCCACUCCGGGGGCGAGUUCAUCUUCGUCAUCCUGGUCUACGUGCCCUACUUUGUGUACUUUGCCCUCGCCUUUGCCCGCUUCCCCGCCUACUUCGUCAUCCAGCUCUACAGCGACUACUCAGGAGGAGGCGACGCAAUCAGGACAAUGGUUGACGCGCAGGGUUACCAUCCAGAGAAUACGUGGCCGACUACGUGGCAAGACACACAAGGACCACCCGUCUUGGUAUACCCGCCCGCACAUGAUGAAGCACCUGGAGAAGAUGACCUUGGUGAACACCCGUCCUCUACCUCUUCCCCUGCACAAGCCGAGGAAGUGACCACAGAACAUGGGGAAGCAGUGUCAGAGGCGGAACUUGUGGACGAUGAACCGAUUGCUGACAAGGAGGACGAGGAGACACCAGACAAGCUCCAGCUCGCCGAGGAGUCCACUAGAGCUUCGGCGACACUGGGGCGGCCAAGGUGCCCGACGAAUGGCAAGGAGGAAAAGAAGCUGCGUGACUGCCUCAGGGAGACAGGCCCUAUCCCAGAGGAGGAGGAAAUUCAUUCUGAGGAGUUGAUUGAGGAGAACAGUGUAAACCUUGCUACUUCGUACGAGGCGCAAGUGGAGGGCGACACGCAGGAGGAAGUGAUUACACCUGGUACAGAUUCGACUACGGUGGAUGAGGGACAAACUUGGCCCGACGAUGCCUGGGCAGAAGGCUGGACGACGUGGAAUGGGUGGAAUGGCUGGACAUGGAGUACCACCGCAUGGAGAUGGGAAGAUUCGGGUUGGACUCGAGGGACACACUGGGAAACAACGAGCACCUCCUCGACCUCAACCACGACCACCAUGAUGGACGCCAGUAGCAUGCAGCUGACCGACAACGAGCGCAGCAACCUUGAACAGUUGCGGGUGCCAACGGUGCAGGUGGACAGGUUUGCCCAGCUGCUUGAUGUACUUCAAGACCACCAAGUACAAGAACGUGGCCCUGAAAGUCGCUGGGCUCUUCAAUGUGUCCUACGAAGAGCGGAACACGCCGAAGAAGCCCUGGAGCUGAUGCUGAAUGUUAUUUCGCGAAGGCUGCAACCGAGGGGCGUUUACCCCAUUACCCGCACACCGGGGACGGACAACCAGAUGCGGAACCUCUACAGCUGGGCUCAGAACUUUGCCUCGGUCAUCCUGCACUCGAUGGAGGAGAUUCUUCGGCGUCCCCUCUUUGAGCAUGACUUCGAGCCGGAGUUUGUGGGGCAGAAUGCAUCCAGCUCGUCAUCUGUGCGAGCAGCCCGUACUGAGGGAAGGUCUCCGUCAAGCUCGCCUCCGCCAGGUUCAACAACAAGUGUAAGGGUGAGAUCUAGAAGUUGGAGCCGUGCAACAGAUGACGCGUCACAUGAGGCGACAGGAAGCGAAAGGAUCCACCCUUUUGAAGGGGUGAAUUCACCCACGAUGCCGACCGACUCGGGUUCUUCCACUGCUCUGCCGUCUGCUUCGUCGGGUCCACUCCUGGGAAUUUGGAGAGAACCUGACACGGAAGAGGGCGACGAUGCAGAUGAAAUACUCAGUUCGCAAAUGACCUCACUGACGACCACCUCGCAGCCAUCCACCGCCCCCUCUUCCUCUUCUACGCCGAGCAGCAUAUGGAUGGGUGAGUUUGGAGCAAUGGAGUCCAAUAUGAGGCAUGUGAGAUGGACAACCACAUCAACUACGCCCGUGCAGUAUGCAGCCAACUCCACCUCUUGGUCAGGGUGGGCUGAUGGGUUGACAUGUUGUUCGACUACGACCACCACGACGGAGGAGAGGUCCAUCGAGGAGGCCAUUCGUGAUGCGGUCAACUUGCAGGUCUUCAUGGGGGGGAGGUCCGACGUGCGUGACCUCAUGCGUCGGCUGCUUGACAGACUCAGGGCGCUUCACCGGCUGCAAAGACUCACCCAGGUGGCCAUUGAAGAGCUACAGCUAUGGAUGGUUCAGGAAGAUAUGGAGCGGCCGUGGAACGCAGCCACACAAGAACACCUACUGUGGCAUGUCAUAUCCAAUGGGGCGAACGGUGCUUCAGGAAGUGACCCUGCUUUGGUGCUGCCGGAAGUUGCACAUGUCAUCCUGCAGCCCAACUUGCCGGAUAGGGAAAAUCUUCGCCGUCAGCUACCAGGGCAGAGCGUGCGACAUGUCGUUGGGUAUCGGCGCAGGGCUUGGCGACAGCACGCAAACCAAGUGAUGAGGGGGCGACAGGGCGAGCCAGAAGAUGUCCCCGUGAAUGACCAGCACCUCUUCCUCGUCCAGACCAACUCUACGUCAGCUACCAGCAACAUCCCCCUCAAUGCGCCUGUUCCUCCUGACCCACAUCGUGACCAAGUACAGCUCGGGAUGAUGGUCCGGCUACACUUCAUGGGGGUGGACCGAUGGUGCGACAACGGCAACCUGGACCUGGAGCCCACCCAGCUGCUUCUUCGUCGUCACUACGUGCUCUUCGUCGUCCCCCACCGGAAGGGCGAGCUGAUGGUGAUGGUGAUGACCGGCGAGCUGAAGGACGCUCUCUGCGAUGACGAGGCAGACGACGUCUUUGAAGCAUGGGCUCGAUGCCGCACAGAAGGCGACAGCCCCAACGACACCAUUAUGCACAAGGGCGUCCACUAUGAGAUGACAAUUCGAAACACGUUUAUCAGCUUCGGGGUCUCCGACACUGCAAAGAGGAUGUUGAUCCGAAGCCACUCAGAGCCCAGUCUCGACCGCGAUGAUUGA